CAUAACUAGCUGUCGCAGUGUUAAUUGGGCCUUACUUAAUACACUUCACUAAGAUAUGAAAUAUUAAUGGGAGAUCUACAAAGGGCUUCAGGGGUCAUAAAUACCAAGACACCUCUUUUGCCUCGCUAGAUUAGGGCAUUUGGAUCGGUCAGUGGAGGUGAAGGUAACACGAUCUUUAUUCCAGUGACAAAACUAGUUUGCUGACCAACCGCCAGAUCUGUUGAAAUAUAAUGUCUUCUUGGUCUCAAAUGCACGAAGUAUACUGGUAUGAUAAUCCUGACAAGACUAUAGAUUGUGCAGUGUGUAGCGCUCCUUCCUCGGGCAGACAUUACGGUGUUUUUACGUGCGAAGGUUGCAAAUGCUUUUUCAACAGAACAGUUCGUUAUAAGCUCACAUAUACUUGCGAGUCUUCCUCCAACUGUCGUGUUGAUAAACUAAAUCGUACACAAUGUCAAGCCUGUCGUUUCAAGAAGUGCGUCAGUGUUGGAAUGAGGAGAGAAGCAAUUCGAAGAGGAAGACCCACGAAGUACUCUUACAUUUCUCGCUCGUCCAAAUCCUUCACAACCCAGUACGAUCUGAUUGCUGUCCUAACUCAGCUGGAAAGAAGCAUACGCCCUCCUCUUACAACGUUCUCUGCCUCCUCUUCCUCCAGUCCACUUCUACAUGGGCCACCAAACUUUUACCACCAGAUCUGUUCAGUAUUCAUGUCUACGUUAGACUGGGCUCGACAGGUACCGAUGUUCGUAAAUCUUGAUGUUUGUGAGCAAUACACAAUACUUCGAUCUAGAUGGAGUGAGAUGUUGAUGAUCAGUGCUGCCCAAUACAAGCUUCAAGUGGAAACCAUUUCAUUGGCCUAUGAAGUUGAAGCUAACCCGGCAUUAUGUAAUGAGAGAAAAAUGCAGCUCAACAGAAGCUUAGUGAGUUUUCGCGAAAGUAUUUGGAAACUAAGAAACCUGGAAGAAGCUGAAUACGCCUGCCUAAAGACCAUACUACUGUUCUCACUAGAUUCCUCGGAAGGUCCCUACGCUCAAGACUUUGACUCAUUACAAGAUAUGGUUCUUUGUGCCCUUGACAGAUAUUGCAGGGCCCGAUUUCCUGAGGAGCCCUCGAGGUAUGGCAAAGUCCUCCUCAAACUCAUGUCCCUUAAGAGCGUUAUUGCCGAAGAUAUAGAGAUCUUAAUAUUUUCAAAGAUUUUCCCCCAUACAUCUGUUAGUAAUAUCAUUAGAAAUCAUUUAGUUAAUGAAAGUGCAACAAAAACAGAACCGGGACAUUCUCCGCCAAUGAAACAAACUGCAUAGCCGAGAGAGUGGUGUAUGAUAUAAAAUAUUCUAAAGUAGUAAAGUGGAGGGCAUAAUUAUUGAAAUAUCUUUCCGUUCCUCAUAUAUC